CCCGCCAUGGCGGUGCCCUGUGCCUUCCUCGCGCCCGUCCUCCUCCUCCUCUGCGGGCUGGACCCCUACCUUGCUGCUGCCCGCAGCCCCCCAGGGGUGGAGUGUGUCCUCUUCAACGAGGAGUACAUGACCUGCAUAUGGGGGAGCAGAGAGACGCUCACGGCCAACUACUCCCUCUACUACUGGUAUGAGAACAGGUCCCCCAUGGUGGAGUGCAAGCACUACCUGAGGGACGGAGACAUCAGCAUCGGCUGCCACUUCAACCAGAGCGAGAUCAUCCAGUUCCAGCCUUUCCAUGUUCUCAUCAAUGCCAGCCUUGACGGCAGUACCCUGGAGAUCCCCAGCAAGCGCAUGGAGCUGCAGGACCUGGUGAAACCAGGGGCGCCUGUCAAUCUGACCAUCCGCAACAUGGGCAGCAACCAGCUGCAGCUGACCUGGACCUCGCCGUACCCCAAAGCCCACUGCCUGGAGCAUGCCGUCAAGUACAAGAGCAACAAGGACACCAGCUGGAUGGAGCACAAGGUGAAAGGAGACGUCUUCUCCUUCCCCAGCGUGGACUACGAGAAGUACUACACCUUCUAUGUGCGCAGCAAGAUCAACAGCUACUGUGGCAGCACCCAGCUCUGGAGCGAGUGGAGCGUCCCCGUGGUCUGGGGUAGCAACUCCACCAGCAAGGGUGCAGCAGAGGAACAGCUGCACUGGUUCUGGAUCCACACGGUCUUGAUCCCCAUUGCCUCCUGCCUGCUCUUGCUGGUCCUUGUUGUCCUGCUGGUGCGCAUGGAAAGGGUGUGGGUCAUCCUCAUGCCCCGAAUCCCCAACCCCAGCAAGAACUUCGACGAGCUCUUCAUCACCCACAAUGGCAACUUCCAGGAAUGGGCCGGAGUCACCAAAGACAUCGUGGAGAGCUUCAAGCCCAACUACAGCGAGAGUAUAUGCUAUGUGAGUGAGCUGCCUGCCAAGAACAGCUACGAGCCCCUCUGGGAGAGCAGCAACCAACCACCAGUGAUGCCGGGGGCCCUGGCCACCCCCCGCGAACACAGCCCCUACAAGAACAGCUAUGUGGGAGUGUGA